AUGCUGCUCCGGGACCUGGUGCUGCGCGGAGGCUGCUGCUGGCCCUCACUGCUGCUGCACUGCGCGCUCCACCCGCUCUGGGGCUUCGUGCAGGUGACUCACGGUGAGCCCCAGAAGUCCUGCUCCAGGGUGACUGACAGCUGCCAACACAUCUGCCAGUGCCGGCCACCUCCCCCUCUGCCCCCGCCGCCCCCGCCCCCACCGCCUCCCAGACUCCUCUCAGCCCCACCUCCCAACUCCACCUCGUGUCCCGCCGAGGAGAGCUGGUGGUCGGGGCUGGUGGUCAUCAUUGCGGUAUGCUGUGCCUCCUUGGUGUUUCUGACUGUGCUUGUCAUCAUCUGCUACAAAGCCAUCAAAAGGAAACCACUGAGAAAGGACGAAAACGGCACGAGUGUCACUGAGUACCCCAUGGCCUCCUCCCAGAGCAACAAAGGGGUGGACGUGAACAACGCAGUGGUGUGA